UAUUACAGUCAAAAGAUUAAGAAAAAUUAGAGAUAAACAUGCUUCUAGAAUUCAUAAUAAUCAAAAUCCAACUUUACAACAUCUCAAAUUUCUUAGCAAAGCUGCAAUAUUAUAUAAAAUAAACUGUUUUAAUUCUGAAAAAUAUUAUACUGAAA